CACACACACACAUGCACUGACACACAGUUUGUGUAACGUGGUUUCGCAGCAAGGACAGGGGAGCCUCCUGCUCUGGAGGAAAGCCUGGGAAACUCAGCUCUCUGAUUUCAGCAGGAUGAACAGCAGAGGAGUCUGGAGAAGAUGACACAGACUGGCAGUCUCUCCCUGCACUGACUGGAUUCCCACAAAUCCGACAUCAUUCCAGAACUCAUCUGAUGAGAUUUAGUCUCAGAGGUUUUCCAGCUCUUUCCACUGCCACCUGCACAGUUAUAUUGCUGUUUUUUUGCACAAAGGCACCAUGGGAAACAUAGUUCUAUGCUGUCACACGCUGUCAAACUACUUCAAAUGUAAGGAAACACCGGCCCAGCGUGAGGUGGAGAGAUCCCCUUUGCUAUCCAGCGAAGAGAGUGAAUGUGACUCACCAAGUAUGCCGGACAACUUGGAGGAUGAUCUGUUGACCGUCUCCACCGGUGUGACAAACCCAGCCCUCGAACCAGAGCACUUCCUGUUUCCUGACAUCAUCCUAAGCAGCAGCCUGGGAGGGGACAUGACUCUGGUGGAGCCGAUGGUGUGUCUCCUGGUGUCUGAGGAAGAAGAGGGAGUGAGGGUGGAUGAGCCAGGAGAUGAAGGACAAGAGGGGAGCAACAUGGAGAGAAACAGGGGGUAUUCUGAGGUUGAGACACAGACCGAAAUGGAGACACAGAUUGGUAUGGGUGUACAGACUCAGACGGAGUCACAGGCAGAAGUUCAGACACAAACAGAAAUGCUUAUGCGCAAUAAUGAGACUGUGGAAAGAGAAGUAAACACACAAACAAGCCCUGGCGUUUCAAAAGAGAUGGCUGUGGAUGUUAAGGAAGAACGUGGAAUACUGAAACAGUUGGAUGUGCUCUUGGAGAUACAAACAGAUACACAAACAGCACGGGAGAAGUUAAACACUGAUGAAGAGACUGUUUUUAAGUUGCAACAGAAGACUGCUGCUACUCAGGAAAAUAUAGACUUUGCCUGGACAGAGAUCCACACUUUGCAGACACAGGAGGCUGUAAAAGACAAAGCGCAAAAUAUUCAGUCAGAGUGCACCUCAGUGAUGCUGACUGAACUCGCUGCAAACAACAUGGAUGAGAACAUUGCUGCAGUGGAAUCACAGAGGAAGCUGACAAAACACAGCAUCAACAACACUGAUGCUGUGGAGAGCUGUGACCCUGCCAAGAGUCGCAUAGACCUGACACAACAGAGGAAUCAGGAUCACAAACAGAUGGGAGAGGCGACUGAGGCGUCAGGCCAGAGUGUAAAUGAAAAGGAACACAACAUUAUCCACACAAAAACAAAAAUAAAUCUGUCGGAGAAGUACACAGAUCAAACAGCUCAUCACUCCAUUUUGAAUGCAGAAAAUGUUCGUCAGGAAAACUUACACCUACUAAAGACGAAGGAGGACAACAAGAAGACUGGUCUGCAGCAUGUUUUGCAGCAGGUGGAGGAGGAAGGAGCUGAGAUGAAGAAAAUGACCUUGUUUCUGGUUGACAGGCUGUUUCUUGCAGCACCACAUGUAAAAGUGUCAACAGCACCAAGUCAAACUGAAGAAAGUCCCAAGGAUGAUCUCCUGAAGCAGUCUGAUCCUGAUAAGAGGGAACUUAGCAUCCGUGACAUUGUUGAUCUCCAAGAGACAGGCUUUACUGUCAGGAUUCAACCUCCUGGAACAGAAAGUUUUGAGCUCCAGGUGUCAGGCCAGAUGUUGGUGGCAGAGCUGCACCAGGUGCUGAUGGAUCAUGAGAUCACUUGCCACCGCACUUGUUUCUCCCUCCAGCUGGGAAGCACCACGCUUGACAGCCUCACAGAGCUGCGCUCCAUCCAGGGCAUCCAGGAGGGUGCAGUCAUCAAGUUGGUGGAGGACGCUUAUUCAGUGCGUGAUGCUCGUCUUCAUCUCAGACAUGUUUGUGAUCUUCUGAGGAGCCUUGAUCCUGCAGAUGCAUACAACGGAGUGAACGGCAGCUCACUGUCUUACCUCACCUUUUACACCAGAGGAGGCAAGGAUAAUGAAAGUGUGGGGAAAAGGCGAGCUUCUGAAAAUGUUGACUGCAGCCCUCCAGAAUACAUCCUCCCUGGAUCUAAGGACCGACCACUUACUCCACUGCAGCCCGUCAGGGAUGACUGGAAGCCAUUACAGUGCCUGCGGGUUCUGACCAUGAGCAGCUGGAAUCCUCCUCCAGGGAACAGGAAGAUGCAUGGGGACUUAAUUUACCUCAAUGUCCUGACUAUGGAAGACAGAGAACUCAACAUUACAUCCUCUACACGUGGUUUCUACCUCAAUCAGUCAACUGCCUUCAACUUCAAUCCUAAACCUGCAGUUCCCAAAGUCUUUUGCCACUCUCUAGUUGACCUGCUGAGUCAAGUCAGCCCUGCUUUCAGGAAAAACUUCAGUGCCCUGCAGAAGAAGAGAGUCCAGCAACACCCUUAUGAGCGGUUCGCAGCACCUUUUCAGAUGCUCACCUGGACUGCCCCCCAUGGAGACCACACCCUCGACUGUGUCAAAGCAGAAGAGACACACACCAGUGGCGUGGGCCAGGACAAUCACACAGCUGGGCAGAGUCGGGAUUGGAAUGAGGAGCUACAGGGAAGCAGGGAACUCCCCAGGAAUUCCCUUCAGGAGCGCCUGCACAGAGAGAGGAGCAUGUUUAAAACCAACAGUGACUUUGUUGCCGCUGCAACACGAGGUGCUGUGGCCGUUAUCGAUGGUAACGCCAUGCCAUUAAACCCAAGUGAGGCGCCUCACAUGCAGAUGUUCAUCUGGAACAACCUCUUCUUCAGCUUGGGGUUUGACAUAUCUGAGCACUACCGACCACUAGGGGGCAACACUGCUGCCCAUGUUGCUGCCAUCUGUGACUUAAGAGGUUGUCAGGCAUACACAUCUGUCGACAUAGAGGGACUUCACACCCUUGGGACAGCUGUGGUGGAUUAUCGUGGCAUCCGUGUCAUCGCUCAGACAAUUGUUCCUGGGAUACUGGAGAAAAAUCAGGAGCAGAGUGUAGUCUAUGGCUCUAAUGACUAUGGAGAGACUGUUUUUACACACCCCAGGUUUCUGGAGCUUCUGGAUAAAACCAGUAAAAAACUGAGAAUCCAGCAUCACCAAGUGCUCGACCAUAACAACAUCCCAGUGGAGCUUUGCUCUGCCGUUGAGACCAAAGGCAUCCUGGGUAAUGAUGGACGACCUUACAUCUUGGAUCUUCUCCGCACCUUCCCCCCUGACCUUAACUUCCAGUUCUCUGGGACAGAGGAGAUGGGGGAGGAGGUGCCAAAGGAGUGUCAGAGCUUUGGUUACCCACGACGACAUCAUCACAGCCUGGCCAGCCUGAGACCAGAGCUGAUAGAGGCCUUUGUCCAGCACAGGUAUGAGCUUUACGUCAAGAUGGUAGCCCAAGGGCUCAGUCAACUGGAAGAACAGAAUAAAGCUACGGAGCAGAGGGAAGAUCUGGUCUGUGGGCCGAGAACUGGAGAUACAGCCACAGCUGGUGCUGACAUGGAAUUCCAGAGAAGAGAUGUGAUCAGGAAAGCUUGUAGGGCUGUCGGAUCAGUGAGCGACUGUUCCUUUGACAUUCGCUUCAAUCCUAAUGUUUGCUCUCCAGGAGUUCGUUUCUCAUCUGAAUUUGUUGAAGAGGUUCAAAGGCAGAGAAAGUUGUUAUGGGAUGUGGCCGCCUUUCUGCUGUCUAAUCAGAUCCCAGCAGUGCUGAGGGACUGUCUUGAAAACACAGCAGUGCCGAUGGAUGGAGUGACCCUGACCUCAGUGCUACAUCAGCAGGGUGUGAAUGUACGAUACCUGGGCACCCUACUGAGGGAGCUGGACAGGGUGGAGGAGAGAGGGAGACUCAGCCACCUAAAGAGAAUUUCUAUCAGUGAAGUCAUCAUCAGAAGUGCAAAACACAUCUUCAGGACCUAUCUACAGGAUGUGGAACCUGCAGCGUUCUCUGCUGCUGUCAGUCACUUCCUAAACUGCCUCUUGAGUUCCUCCACCUGGACCCCUGACUCCUGCUCAGAUGAGCUACUCUCUCGUCGUAGGAGUCGACGUCGACGAAGUCACGGGACUCGAGUUGCCUUGUUGAUGGACAGUGUGUGGGCUAGACUAAGCCCCAGUGAACUGUGGGGCAGGAUCAGGACUGAGGCUGGAGAUUAUUACCACUACACAAUUGACAGUGAAAGUAUAGAUGAAGUAAUAGAAAAGCAUGGCCUCCAGAGGAUCUCCCUGCUGAGAGAGAUUGCCAUCAAGACAGGAAUCCAGGUACAGCUGAGGGAGUACGUGUUUGAAUCCCGACAUAGGCCAGCAUUUGGUGAGGAAGAUGUUGUCAACAUGUUGCCUGUGGUCAAACAUCUCAAACCAACAGCAACAGAUGCCACACGGCUAGUGCAACAAGCACAGGUGGCCGUACAACAGGGGGUUCUCAAAGAUGGCUAUGACCUGCUCAGCCAGGCCCUGACUCUGUUUAGCAGUGUAUGUGGGGUCCUUCAUGAGGACGUAUGCAUGUGUCUGCGUCUCCUGGGACGGCUUAGCUACAUCUUGGGGGAAUAUGCAGAUGCUCUCAGCCACCAGGAAAAGGCUGUUAUGAGCAGUGAGAGAAUACAAGGUAUAGACCAUCCACAGAUCAUACAAGACUAUACUUACCUGGCCCUGUACUGCUUUGCUGGAGGCCAACAUUCGACCUCCCUACAGCUGCUGUACCGCGCUCGGUACCUCACCCUGCUUGUGAGUGGAGAAGACCAUCCACAAGUUGCACUGCUGGAUAGUAUGCUGGGUCUAGUACUUCAUGGACUGAUGGAGCAUGAGCUUUCACUGAAGUUCCUUCAGAAUGCCUUAAAUUUAACCUCAAAAUACUGCGGUGCCACAUCCCUGAGGCAUGCACACAGUCAUCAUCUGCUCGCCACCGUGUAUGAGACUAAAGGAGAGUUUCGAUCCGCUCUGCAACAUGAGAAAGAGGCUUAUGCAAUCUAUAAGAGCCAGGUUGGUGAGAACCAUGACAGCACGAAGGAAAGCUCAGAAUACCUGAAGAGCCUGACUCAGCAGGCUGUGGUCCUUCAGAAAGCCAUCAACCAUCUCUACAGUAACACACCUAGUGCCUGUAUUCCACCUCCAAAGUUUUCCACUCCAGGCCUUCCAGCAAUCCUUCAGCAGCUCAACCUGACAUGUGGAAUCAUUCUCAUUCCCCUCAGUGCCAAAGAAGUUGCGGACCUGAGGACUGAGAUAAAAAGAAAUGAGAAGGUUCAAGUGGAAGAACUGGAAAAUCAGUUAUUAAAGCAAAAAGACUUCAGAACUGUAGACAAAUGACAACAAAACUGAACUAUGGACAGUUACAACUGAACAUUUGUGUAUUCUGUGAGACUUCUGAAAAUGACCGCAGACAAUGAGCAACAAUGGCAGAUGAAAGCCAGGCUAAUUGCUGGUGUUAAUAUGCCAGUUAGCCUACUUUGGACGACAACUAUGUCCAAGGAUCAGACAGCUGCAAAAUAUACUAUACUAUACUCAAAAUAAAAUAAGGAAUAUACUGUUACAUUAAUGGAAAAGCACAGUAUACUUAGACCUACGUCUACUGAGGAAAAAUAGUACUAGAAUUCUAAAUUUCUUAUAUUUUUAAAUGAUGUUCUGUCAUCUUGCAAUCCCUUGUGUGUCCACUGGGUUUCACACUUGUGCCACAAACACUUCUAAAAACGUGACAUGAUUUAUCUAUGCCUGAAUAUUAAAAUAAUCUUUAUGGCUGUUUUGGAUAUGUACUAGCAGACCAUUAUACUUUAAUACAUGUUGUUGUCUUUAAUAUCCCGGUGACUGUAGGGAAAUAAUAAGCUUAUGAGCAUCUUAUGUGUUGACUCUACAAGUCAAAUUAGUGCUAUCUAAAGGGCUCCUUUAGCUGGAAAUCAAAGCAUUACAGUUUGAACUGGCAUUGUUAUCAAGUGACUUUUUCUGGAAUUGGUCCACUGACAUAAAAUUAGAAUUGACUAUGAGCUUAGUGAAUUUCAUUUUAGAUGUUGCCCAAAAUAACUGCUAUCUCACUGUAUGGCUUAAAACUGUUUAUCUUAAAAUGUACCCAUAUAGUUAGUGUAAAAAUUAUUAUAGGUGUCAUGGAGUUUUUUUUUUUUCAUUAUCACCACAUAUGGAGAAGCUGCAUGGUUUGUCAUGUUCACUACAGUCUGUCAA